AUGAGGAGUUUUAUCACUGUUCCGGCACUCCUGUGCCUCAUAAUUGCAGCUUCGGUAAUUAGAUUCGUGGACAGUACGUGCGAUGUCUGCUCCGCCGCGUCCAUCGCCUGCGAGAGUGAGACACAGUUCAGGCCGUGCACAAAUGGAGUGCCUGACGCCGCGACGCUCUUCGUGUGUCCCACGGGCACUGUGUGUACGAGUUCAAACUUCUACUGCGAAGACGCCGGCGUUCCGGAUUGUCAGCUCUGCGGCGUGUGCAACGCCGAUGGACGGUUUGCGUGCACGAGCAUGACCACAUUUGCGCUCUGCAGCGGAGGUGUUCCAGGCAGCGAAACGUACUCCUGUCCAGUCAACACUGUGUGUGACCUGAAUGCCGUGCUACCGAAUUACUGCUCCACGGACGACGGCAAUAUCGCCACUUGCGAUCCAUCCGCCACCGAAACCCCGACGCCGACAGACACAACGAGCACUUCAACAACCACCACAACUACCACGACUACUACGACGACUACCCAGGCGACAACGACGCCCUCGCCGACGGAGUGGUGCAAUGCCAAAGGCACAGUGGGACGCUUUCCUGAUCCGACGGACACAACGUGCAAAAACUACUACUAUUGCUUCGCCAGCAACGGUGCGAUCGCGGGGGCGCCGUACUCCUGCGUGGGCACCACCCUCUUCAACCCAGCCCUGCAGCAGUGUGUGGCCUCCACGGCGUUCCAGUGUCCCGUUCCAGUGGCAUAAAUUCUCGCUGGAUGGAAAUUGCCUGGGAAAUCCAAUGAUGCCAAGAGUGCUUCCUUUUCUCCGGCGGCAGGCAAAUAAUGAAUGAAUAAAAAUUAUUUAUCCCCAAACGCG